AUGAAGCUUGCAGUAAUCCUGUUGAUAUUAGCGACAACAUACGCUUACACAAUAGUUCCAACACUAGAUAUAGACCUAGAUGGCCCAGCAAAAUAGAGAUUCUAACCAGCUGUUCAAUUAGUCUUGAACACCUAUGGAUAUGAUGCUUCUUUUGGUGCUUUCUUUUCUUAUCACAAUGAAACUACCUUCAAACAUUUAACAUCUAAGGACUAUGCUAUAUUAGCUACUUCCGUAAGAACUUAUUGGCCUUAAUAUGCUUAAGAACUUGAAGGAAUCGUGGAAGCUUUCAAUAGAUCUGAUGUCACAUUUGAGUAUAUGGCUGCUUGGGCUUAUUUCCAUGAAAUCGGUCACUCCUUAUCAGUCAAUAUUAAAGAAUGCACCGCCAUAUUAUUAUAGACUAAAGAUGGUAUUAUUCAUGGAAGAAACAUGGACCAGUCUCCAGAUGCCGGUAGAUUACUCGUCAUUCAUUUCAAAUUUAUAAAAAAUGGUCAAUAUAUUGGUGAAUCUGUUGAUUAAUAUUGGUUCAAGACAGGUUUUGUUACCAUGUUCAAAUAUGGAGUUGUUUCCUUGUAAGAAAACUGGAGAUAUGGACACUAUUUGCCAUUAUUUAUGUUAUUGAAGAAAAUCUCAGCAGGAACAACAUCACUAGGAUGGACAUUUAGACAUAUCCUUGAUUCUGACAUUAAUAAUUUCGAUUAAGCAGUUACAUAUUUAGAAAAUGUGAUUGUAGCAUGCUCACAAUACAAUAUUGUUGCCGGUACCAAAUUCAAUUAAGGCGCUAUUAUUUCUAGAGAUCCAAUCUCAACUUUUCCAACCUUAUUCUUCAAUAACACUGGAUUAGGAAACGAUCAAUUCUAAUAUAUGGUUUAGACUAAUUAUGACCAUUGGCACAAAGACCCUAAAGGUGAUUAAAGAAGAACAAUUGCAUAAAAUUUAUUGGCUAAUUUAACUAGCACUAUGCAAAAUGAAUUGGGAGUUUAUAGUGUUAUAAACACAUAUCCAAUUCAUAAUGAAGGUACCUUUUACACAGCAAUUAUGAAUGUUGCUACAGGCAGAUUUAAUUACUUUGGAUAAGAAGGAAUUACUCCAUUUAAUGAUCUAGAGUGA